CCUAGAUGGGUAACCGAAGUCGAUAAGUGGUCGGAGAAGGAUAAUGGCGGAUAGUGAAGGAGAUGGUUUGCUUACGGGGAAAUCAGGGAGUUCUGACCCCCUGUUCCACGAUAAAGGACAAAGCCCCAAAGCGAAACUAUGGAUGUACAUAUUCAUUUCAUUUGUAGUGGUCAUGAUGAUGAUCACCAUCAUUAUUGCUCUUUUUCGAGGAAGUGUUGUUGAUGCAACCUACCUGCUUCUAGGACUUAGCAUAAUUUCAAUGGGAUUCGUUCAAGGAAUUCUGAUAUACUGGGCCAGAAGUGGGGAUCUUCCAUCAGAGAAGUUAUGGUUCCUGUAUUUUGUUGGUAUCUGUCUGGUUCUGGAAUCUAUCUUCACCGAUGUGUUGCUUUAUCACAGACCACAAGCCUAGUAGAAUUUGUUUUUACCAAAUAGAAAACACUGGUCAAUACACAAUGAAAAGCACCUAUAGGAUGGAAUACUAAGUCAAGAAUAUAUAAUGUAUGAUAGCCAUAUGGUGCUGUGUUAUAAAGAGUUACUGUCACAGAGAAAAAUAAUCUUAAAUUUCCAAUCUCAGCAUUUUUACAUGCAGCGUUGAGAUGAAUGCAGGGGGGUAAGGAGAGUGUUAGAAGAGGGCAGUUGGCCUUAUAAGAUAUCAUGGGAGUUAAGGCUUACUUUGCAUUUUGUGUGUUUGGAUAAAUAAGGGCCCAUGCUAUUCUGUGAGUCCAAUGCAGGUUUUCUAUUAGAGGGAGUUACAAUUGGCAGCUGUGGGCAUACUCUCCGUUAACAUCAUACAUUCGUGGUGUUCAAUUUUUGCUAUUGCUGGCUUAUCCCAGGUACGCUGUCAGAUAAGCUAGCAAUUGGUAAAACAACCCUUUUUUUUAAAAAAAAAAAAAAAGAAAUUAAGUUUCUCCUUUUUGUGUGUUACUGAUUGAAAAGUAGACUGCAUUUGCAAUUAUUUUUAAAGACUGUACCAUAGGGUGGUAUAAUGGCAUAAGGGUGAAAUAAAUGCAUUAUUUUAUUAUUCUUUUUUAUUAAAAUAUUGAAGGACCAUUGUCAGCCACACCUUCGAUGUUGUUUUCAUUUAAUAUUGGAAGCCACAUAAUGCGCUAGAAUCUAAAACAAAGUUUUAUAGUUAAUUACCAAAUUUAAUGAAAAAGUUUGCAUUGGUUUCUCAAAAUCAGCUGAUGGAAAUGGAUUGUUUCACAGACUUGGAACACUUUGACGGAAUGACAAAAUGACGGCUGACAAAAGCAAGGCAAAUAUUAUUUUGUAUAUUUUCUUAUUGUUAUUUCAUUACUAUUUUUCUUAUUCUGCACCUGGCAUUUUUAUUUUUCUAAUUCUACUCAGGCAUUUUGUUUAAGAUAACUAUCAAAGUGGAAGAACUAUAAACGCUGUGAAAUUAUUAUUCCUUGUAAAAAAAUUGUCAAUAAAAGUCUGAAGCAUUGAAAAAA